AUGUCACGAAAGUCAUCAAUGCAAUCGACGAAUCCGAUACCAAGUCGCACUAAAAGCGCAGCUUCAGCGAAAAUCACUCAAAACAUUAAUCUAACGGACGAUGUCAAGACUUUAUUGGUUCAGCAAGUUUCAACCGCUGUCGAAGACGUUCUAGACAGUAUGAUGCAUAAAAGUACUCAAGACACUCAAUGGAGCAAAAAAAUGCAUAAGGACGGCAUUGCGUAUUAUGAUGACAAAAAAGUUGGGACCAAGGAACAAUUGCGUUUCUGUUGUGUAAGCAUUACGGACGUUCCCGUUGAAGACGUCGUCAGUCUGUUUGUCGUGUCAGACACUGACAUGUUACUAGAACGAUGUCGUGUCAUGUAUGACAACGUUAUGGACGCAAGAAUUUUAAAUGUCUUGAAAUAUCCUUCGACAGAACAUCCGCAACGCUCGGCUUACAUCCGCUAUACUGCUUUCAAAACUCCAGCGUUAUUGCGCAAUAAUCGUGAUAUGUGUGUCGUGGUAGCUACAGAUGUCAUCCAUUGCCCGGAUGGAUCAACGGUUGGGUACUGCGUAUGGGAUUCACUUCAUUUGCCAGGAUACCCCGACUGUGAAGUGCCUCAAGGCUUUACCCGCAGUCAGAUGUUCCGUUCGGGAUACUAUGUUCAAAGUACUGGAGACCCGGGAGCUAAGACGACAGUUGCUUAUCUUGUAGGCAUCGAAGCCGGAAGCGUUGCUCCACGAUUAGCAAUGCGAUACGUCAUGCCUCGAUUCGGCGCUGUACUUAAUCGAGUUAUUGAUCAUUUGCAACAAAAGCAAUUGGAUCCAAAAACGUUUGCUCCAUUAUCUGAAUGGACUGACAAACGCAAGGCUGAAUACUGUCAAUGUUGCAGCAAACACUUUGGAGCCGUCAAGGUGCUUAACAUUCGACGAUACAAUUGCGUGGUCUGUGGUGAUGCGAUCUGCCACGCGUGUCAUCAUGUCGAAGAAGUGGAAGUGCAUGGGGCCCGAAAUAUGUUUGUCGAUGUUUGCGUCGGCUGCAAAUCAGCAUCACGUAAGAGACCUCAAUCGUCACGCUGGUCAGCACGAUGGGGCUCAAGCUUUACUUCCAAUAAUACCGGCUCUUCAACGAGGUCUUAUCCGUUGUAA